AUGCCCCCGCCCGACGCGCUUGACGAAUCCUACCCAGCGAAGAUGUCCGCCGUCCGCGGGGACUCGGACGAGAGCGUGAGGAAACAGCCGAUUGCCGGCGCAGAAAAGCACGGACAGGCAGUAGGGGCGCAGCACGGCCCAGCUGCUGCAGAAGAACAUGGAGGCAGCGACGUUGCGAUCAAUGAAAAAGAGCGUACUCUCCCGGCAGGGGACACGCCACACGAAGAGGCAACGGCCACUAUCACUUUGGUACGGACGAGACGGGCGUUGUGGUGGUUGAAGCUGCUGAUUGCGGUGGUCUGGUGCGUCUAUGGAUCCUGGCUCAUCGGUCUUGCAUUCCGGCUCCUGGGUGGCAGCGGGGUGGAAGAUCGCGCGAGGAGUCGACAAGUCCAGUUCGCCAAGUGUGUCGUCGAGAUAUUGUGCUGGGUGGCGCUUGUGCAGGACAGGAUGUUGCUGAAGUGGCGUCGUCAUGUAUUCCAGGCGGAACCGGGUCAAGAAGACUGGGACUGA